AGGAUUGCUCGAAGAGAUUGACUGACUACGUGAAUCCAGAAGUCUUGGAUGCCAUUCAGAGAUCGGCUUCAAGGCCCUGGGUAUCUGACACUCCAUACGAAAAGAAUGCUUGCAUUCCCGGCAAACGACUACGAGGGAACUUGUAAUUGGUAAACCAGUAUAGAACGCUGCUGAGCGCCUCUCUCUCUCUGUGAAUCGAUCGGUCGGUCGGUCAGUCCAAGGGUUGUCCAUGGCGUCGGAGGAAAACAUCCUGGGAAAUAACAGCGUUGAAGAUGUCGCUUGGCUCUGUUCUCUGUCGGAAUCGGAGCUCGAUUUGCUGAUGAGUUUGAAGACGCUGGUGCUUCAACGAGCGAGAGGGAUCGGCCGGGAGCAUCUCGCCGAGAAGUUCGAUUUGAGGAUGCUCCGAGCCAUGGGGAUGAUUUUGAUGGAGCAUCUCAAAGGGAAGGUUAAGGAUUUGGAAGGGAUCCCUGGUUUGGCUGGGUCUGCCUCACAUCUAGAUGCAUCCAAUCUAUUGAAGUCGAGUCUUGAGAAUGUUAUGACACUUGAGGACAUAAAGGCAUGUGUGGAUACUCAUUUGAAGAAAGGACCAUUAAAUAGGCAACGUGAAGGAGUGACACCAAAGCAGAAAAGGCAGGAUGAUGAAAUGUAGAAAUUUAUGAGACCUCAUCAAAUCGAAGGGACAAGUAGAAGAUUUUCUAAGCACUUGAUGCUCCCUUUGUUGUUUGUAUGUAUCAAUGGUUCUGGCAUUCUCAUAUAGACUUCCAUUCUGCUCUCUCUUUCCCCUAGUUUGCUGAUUCUCUCUAAUGAAUUUGCCUCUCUGAAUCGCUUUCAGGCCCUGGUAUCAUACUCAACGAUUCAGCAAAUCUCAGUUGUCAUUUACUCUGCGCAAUUUCUGAAGCUAUGCGGGAAAGAAACUAGUGCAGGCGGUUUUCUCUUA